AUGCUUGUCUAUUCGUUUAUCUAUAUGAUUUUGGCUAUUUAUAUUGAACGUAUUAAUCCAGGUGAAUUCGGUAUAUCACAACCGUGGAAUUAUUUAUGUAAAAAGGGUGAUAGGAAAUCACGACAAGCAUCUGCUGUGAAACAAACCGAGAUUAACAAGAAUAAAGAUAAAGUCGAAUCGAAUUUGGAAAACAAUCGUUGGAUUGAAUCGAGUUCUCUUGCCAAUACAAAAUUACCUGUCUUAAGUAUAAAUCAUAUGACAAAAGUAAGAUAUGCGACUAGUUAA